AUGCUUAAUGAUAUCUCUGGUCUGGGCAUGAUAUAUAAAAUGCGCACUGUUCUCUUGCACGGAAGCACCGGCCCGAUACUGGUACUCGUCUCCGGCUAUAUGGGCAUUGCCAGUUUGUGGCAACCGUUGAUUGCUCGCUUGAGCGCCAAGUACCGGUGCAUUGCGCACGACCUUCGUGGAUAUGGACGGUCAUCGAAGCCUGAAUCUCCGGAAACAUAUAACAUUCCCCAGCACGCUGCAGACCUCGACGCCGUGCUAAAGGCUGCCAAGAUCAAUGAGCCGGUUACCCUGGUCACUCAUUCCAUGGGCGGCAAUAUCGCCUCGGCUUAUUAUCUGAGGAAUCCGACCAGAGUCUCCAAAAUCAUCUACACUGCAACCUAUUAUGAUGGCAAGAGUGCGAAACAGUUUUUCCCAUAUGAGGGGCUCACCGCAGGAGUUGAUGAGCUGUCAAAAUGCGUCGACUUCUACACUAUCAUGGGGCUUGAUCGGUCGAUUGCCCUGGAAGCUGCAAAGUGGCCUGCGCAUGGCCGCCGCAACAAUGCAAGCUGCCUGGUGUCCUAUGACAUUGGCGAUGGAUACAACCGGAUUACCGUCCCUACUCUGAUUAUUUAUGGAGAGGAUGACCGUACUGUUCCGGUGGAACAGGGUGUGCAGCCUAUGGUCGACAAUAUGCCAAAUUCCCGGCUGGUGCUUCUCAAGAGCGUGGCCCACUUUCCUCCGACAGAGGCACCAGAAGAAAUGGAGAGAUUGAUUGAUAGUUUUGUUGGGCCUCUAUCCACUGUCCAGCUAUGGAAGGUAUACUAGGCAGAGUAUAAUUAUCAACUAGCCCUGUUCAUAUAAAGUAACACGGUGAAUUCAAAUGGGCCUCACUAAGUUGUCUCCAUAUCACCAGGUUUUCUUUGACAUUGGAGUGGACGUCAUCCUUUUUGUUCAUCGGUCUGAGGCUGCUUAGCCCUAAUCUAUCAGUGGAUGCCCAAAAUUAGACCAUUUAAUUUUGACCACCGGUAACUAACAAUAAUAUUAAGAUUGACAAAUU